GGCGCGCUGCGGGAGGGCCCGCAGACCGCGCGGCUGCCCUGCAGGGCCCCAGACGCCGGCCAGCCUCCUUGCGACCCCGAGGAGGCGGAGGCGCCGCCAGCGCCCGCGCACGAGGCCCUGGCCUCGCCGCAGGAGGAGAGCCCGCGCCAGCCGCGGCGGAGCGUGCGCCUGGAGCCCGGCGUGCGGCAGCUGGCCCCGCCGAGCGCGGAGCUGGACGCGCUGCUGCGGAGGCCGAAGCGGAGCGCGACGGGCACGGGCUGCGGCAGCCAGGAGUGCAGGCACCGCACCGACGCCAGCAACGAGCGGCUGCCACAGCUGCUCUCGGCGCUGCAGGGCCCCGCGGAGGCGCCGGCGUCGCCGCGCCCAGACGGGAUCUGCAGGGCCAGUGAAGACUCCGCCUCGAGCGUGCUGGGCCGGGUUCGGAGCAGCCUGCAGAGCAGCUACGGCUCGCUCCGCGCGGCCUGGGGCCACGUCGAGGCGGUCAGCAGCGACGGCGCCGUGCCCGUGGCCGUGCUGCAGGCGUCGCUCAUCAAGGCCGGGGUGGGCACGAGGGACGCGCACGCGUUCACGCAGGCUCUCGUCAUGGGCGCCUCGGCUCCCAUGCUGCGGCCUGCCAGGGGCAGCAAGCCGGCCGGCACUGCUGGGCUCAUCUCCGUGUCGCUGGGCGACGUUGCUGCUGCGCUGUCGGGCGCGGAGCCCACGCCGCGGGCGGUGGCCGCCGCGAGGUUCUCCACGAUGCACGGCAGCGUCUCGAGCAUGCUCUACGCCUCGGAGAGGAAGGGCGGCAUGUCUCGCCGAGACGCAAGGACCAUCCUGCGCUCGGCGCCGUAUGGGGCUCGUGCCUCGGAGGAUCACGCCUUCGUCCUGCCAGUCUCGGGCUUCUGA